AGAGCCUGUAUGUGUGACUGACUGGCUAUGCUCGUGCACACACUUAACCGACACACUUAUCCAAAAGAUAGACACAGACACACAUUUUUAAACAGUGGGAAAGUAAAGAUAGCAUUUUACGAACUACCCAAAGAUCUGCCCACUUUCCCUCUGAUGUAAACUGCGUGGACUGGGCCAAGACUGAACAACAAGGAUAUCUUCCCUUUCUCUCUUUAAAAAGCGGAUCCUUUUCCCACCUCUCAGGCAGAUAGCCAUCAAUGAGUGUGACCAACUCCUCUGCCUACAGAUCGGAACGCAGCUUCCAGCAGACCUCUUCCUCCUCCUCAUCCUCCAACAACCCAUACAUGGAGAAGAGCAGGGGGCUCUUUGCAGAGGACUUUGGCUCUUUCAUGCGUCCUGGAACGGAUGCCUUGGGAUUUCCCAGUCGGACAGGGACAGCAGGGAAGAUCAAGACAAUGGGAGACAGCUACCAGUUCACAGUGGAUGUCCAAGACUUCUCUCCAGAGGACGUCAUUGUCACCACCUCCAACAACCAGAUCGAAGUACAUGCAGAAAAGUUGGCAGCGGAUGGCACAGUGAUGAACACUUUCACCCACAAGUGCCAGCUACCUGAGGAUGUGGACCCCACCUCUGUGACAUCAUCAUUGGGCACCGAGGGAACGCUAACAGUCAAGGCCCGUAGAAACCCAUCCAAGCAUGAGCUCACACAGACCUUCCGCACUGAGAUCAAGAUCUAAGAAGACAGACAGGACUCUCCCAUGAGCCAUGACCCCUGAACCCCCACUGCCUGUAUUUUGUAAUGCUAUAUUCCGUUUUUCUCAUUUAAUGUCUUUAUCAUUAUAUGUUCAUUCUGCCCUUUAAGCUGGAACGUUUUUUUCUUCUGCCAUACCACCUCCUCAAAAUACCACAUCCUCCAAUAGCUGCCUUGGAUUGACAACAGUUAGCCUAAUUUGUUCUUGUGUUUUCCCAGUUAUUACACAUCACUUCCACACAUACACACAUCACCUCCACACACACACACACACACACACACACACACACACACACACACA